AUGUCAGAUGUCUCACAUACCAGUGAGCUUAUCUUUGAACUUGUGGACAAAGCAAUUGAAGAGAUUGGUCCAGACAAUGUGGUGCAAGUAGUGACUGACAAUGCCUCUAACAACAUGGGAGCAAAGAGGCUAUUGGAAGAGAAGAGACCACACAUAUUUUGGACAUCUUGUGCAGCUCACACAAUCAACCUUAUGCUGCAAGGAAUUGGCAACAUGCCUCAGUUCAAGAAAGUGGUUGACCAAGCAAAGGCAUUUACCAUAUUUGCCUAUGGCCACACAAGGACAUUGGAGUGCUUGAGAUGCUUCACAGAGGGGAAAGAGGUAGUGAGGCCAGGAGUGACUAGGUUUGCUUCAAACUUUCUCACUUUGGCUAGCAUGCAAGAGAAGAAGGACCAGUUAAGGAAGAUGGUGGUUCAUAGUAAGUGGGACACAUUGAAGGAUGUGAAAUCAAAGAAAGGAAAAGAGGCAACAACAACUAUAUUGAGUCCAAACUUUUGGAGGGAUGUGAAGCUAACAUUGGCUGUUUUUGAGCCAUUGGUCAAAGUCCUCCGUUUGGUUGAUGGUGAUGUGAGACCAUCCAUGGGUUUCGUUUAUGGAGAACUACUAAAGGCAAAGAAACAGAUCAAAGAUGCAUUUGGAACUGUUGAGGCUCGGUUCAAGGAUGUAAUUGCUGUUGUUGACAAGAAGAUGAAUGGAAGACUUGAUUCUCCAUUGCAUUUGACAGCCUAUUUGUUGAAUCCUCACUAUAGCUAUAGUGACCCAUCAAUAUUUGAUCAGCCCAACAUAUUAGAAGGGUUCAUAGCUUGUGUUGAGAAAUUUUAUUACCAUGAUGAGAACAUGCAGCAUCAGGCUGCCAACAUUGAACUACAAAAGUUUCAGAAUAGAGAAUGA